ACAAGCGAGACCUUGCGUCGCGCCAGGAUUACGUAGACGCGUUCGGAUGAGCGCUCGAUCACGACGAGAAAAAUAGACGGUCCACUUCCGUAGCGUGUUCCGCGUCGGCCGUGCGCGACAACGUCGACUUUUGACGGGGAAUCGCGUGUAAAUCAUCGCGAUGGCAAGUCGCGUUUAAGGUUCUUUGAAAAUCUUUUCGAUACUCGAAGAGAGAGAGAGAGAAAGAGAAAGCAGUUACGCGCGCGCGAAAAACCAAGGCGCCGAUUGAAAUUUGGAUUAUUUGCGUCUCAUCAGGAUGAUUACCUCGAAUGUUAGUCUGGUAAAAUAGAAAUAGACGAAGAGUCGCGAGUGUUUUUUGCGAGAAGACGAAGGGACGACGAAGAGGAACAAGGAUGAUUGGACCGUCGUCGGGGACGGCUGGCGAAGUCACCGAAAGUCGCGCAUCUUCCAAGCGGAAGGUUUUCGACGAUCUAGACAUCGACAGCUCUAAGCGGAAGGUCUUCGACGAACUGGACAUCGACAGCUUCUGCGAGGAGAUCCGUCAAACGAAUCGGAAGCGUUAUCUCCAGGAACUCGAGACUCCCGAGGAGUUGGUGACCACGUCGAACGAAGUGAUCACCGACGCGACGACCCUCUUUUCGCCGAUGUCUGCUCAGGAGAUCGUCGAGGAGUCGCAGGUGGCCCAUCUCGAGGUGUUACUGGUGGACGGCACCAAUUGCACCUGGACAACCAUGUCGGAAUUGGAACAGCAGCAGAAUCUCGACGUUCUUGUGACUUCAUCCUCUUCGUUAUCGUCGUCAUCUUCGUCGUCGACCACCUCCGAGCGUCACCCGGUGGAAACUUAUGCCGUCGAGGAGAAUAAUUAUCAGCCGAUCUCGAUGAAUUAUUGGCAACCGGGUGUAUCGCACAUUAAUUCGAACGUUCAGCAAAAUAAGGGAACGAUGAAUAAUAAUAAUGCUAAUCAGCAGCAGCAGCAGCAGUUCGAAGACCAGGAAAACGGAAAUCUGUCGUGGCUGCUGGAUUUCAAACUGGACUCGUUUAUCGAAGCCGCAGAUGAUAGGUCUGUUGUGGGACCCACUUUGACGAAGGACAAUUUUUACGGCAACAAGAGCAAAUCGAACGGACGGUCGCACAGCUCGAAUUACGCCAACGACGUUAGAAAAGGACACGAAAAUUCAUCGAUGUAUCGACAAGACUCGAAUCAAGUGAUGUAUCCCGCCAACGAAUUCGACAAUCGAAAUUUUUUGCGAUCCAACGGACCGAAAAAACCUCCCUUUACUUACACAGAGUUGAUAGAGCAUGCUUUGCAAGAAAAAGGUGAACUCACGGUCUCUGCAAUCUACCAAUGGAUCUCAGAACACUUUCCUUACUACAAGAGCAACGAUGAUCGCUGGAAGAAUUCCGUCCGACACAAUCUCUCGAUAAAUCCGCAUUUUCGGAAAGGUUCGAAGGCACCUCACGGAGCCGGUCAUCUUUGGGCGAUCGCGAAUCGCGAUUGUAGACCUCGUCCGCUCGCUAUCAAUGGAUCAGCAACCCCUACACCGACGCAACAAGCUGCACAGAACAAUUGCGAUGAAUCCCGGAGUAACGAAAUUAUUAGCGAGAUCAUGGACGAGGUGGAGGCUGCGGCGGCGAGCAUCGCGCAGCCGAAUCCUGAAGAGGAUACUGAGAACAUGCUGAAUCCUGUAACGCUCGAGCAUUCCGCCGAGCAAAUACUCAAUGGUAUAAAACGCGAGGUAGAGGUGCAAUAUCUAGUUCCCAUGAUGGUGGCCAACAACGAUCACGAGACGAAUCAGCAGAAUCAGCAGACUGUUCAGCAAACGGAGUUUCAAUGUCCAUUCAAGGAGAGCGAUUUCUUGAAUCCGGUGUCUAAAGAGGUCGUCGCCGAGGAAUGCGGACUCGUGAGCGAAGGAUAUUUGGUGACUGAUCUAAACCCGAACGCCUUUGGAUUAAACGUGAUCGAUCCCGAGAUCAUAGGAUCGGAGAAUCUCUUCGGCGAGGAGCUUAGCUUCCAGUUUUACGAGUUGACAUCGCCCUCGCAGCUACAAUCCGCCUGACACACGGAGAGUAAUAAAGUACAUUUUAUCGUGAUUGAUGAAUUCCAAAUACAAGAUACGCGCGAUGAUGACCGGCCGAUCGUCUGCGAUGCUGCUGAAACCGAGGGAAAUAUUUCGGAGCGAGAAAACUCGCAAAGAAGAUCGCCUGUCGAUAACGAUCAGAAUGAUGAAUGCAUAAUGAUGAGAAGCUGAUCUUGUUUGAACUGUGCUACUGCAAAAUUUUUACGAUAAUUUUCGGAGAUGUUCGAUCAUUUUAUUCACAACGCGACUGUUAGAAUAGCUAAAAACCAGCUUAAGUGAACCAGUUAAUUGAUAAGUUUAGAGAAUGAAAUAACGAGUCAAGUGCAAAUACGAGAAAAACAUGUAUCUCAAAUCUGAUGCUACGUAGUUCGAUGAUUUACAAUGAUAUAGUGAUUAUAAUGAUCGCCGAAGGACCACCCAAAAUGUACUA